GAAUCGGCUUGUUUCUCUAUUUUGUUGUUACAACGUGCCCUAGGAGAUCUAGCACUGUUCUUGGGAGAUUUUAAAAUUGCCAACUUAGACAAUGAAACAACCAGAUUACUACCAUCAGUCGAGUGGAUAGAUGCGAUGAAUGAUUUUGUUCCCGGAAAGCGGAACAAAGAAAUUCUCGCCGUUCUCUCUAAAGACAAAGGAAGACUUCGUUAUCUUAUGAGUGCUCUAUGUAUUCAGAGCAUCAGAUAUGCUUUACUCCACGAGAACAAAACAGCAGAGAAAAAGGGUGAAGGGAAUGAGCUCAAGAGAUUGGUGUCUAGUGUCUGCAGUUCCGUCAACGACACUCUUUGGUGCAGUGCAUCUUGGGAUAGACAAGAGCGGUCAAUCAGUCAAGAGAAUGCCCUAGUUGCAUUAUGGGAUUUGAUCAGCAAACAUGCUACGGUGAUUCUUCCUCUGUGUACCGCUGACCAGCAAUUACAGAUUGCUCAUUUGAUCAUUAGGACUAUAACUCAGGAAACACAAGAUGCGCGACAAACACAACUAGGGUGUAUUACCAUGCUUGAUGUAUCGAUGGAAUUGAUUCAAAAUGCGAGCUUUCACGAAAUGCUUGCCAUGCAGUCCAGUACAGUCUGUGCCCUUUGGGUUCGCCUUAGACAUGCUAUCGAUUCUGGUAAAUGCAGUACUAAUAGUCUAGAAGAGAGACUGAUGAAAGCUCUAUCCAGUAUUGCAACGUUAGCCGCCUCAGACGAUGGAAUUUUGACAGAAACGUGUGAUGAUGAUAGCGCCAAUAAUGACGAACAAGAAGAAAGUAUUGAGGAUUCAGAGGGCGAACAAAGUGCGGAGGAAAGUUCCGACGACGAUAAAGACGAGAAUGAAGAGAGCAGAGCAAACGAAACUCGUGAGAGUGACAAACCACGAGUGGAUAACUUCCAACCCUUCCAUUCUCUCUGUUUUGACAUAACUAAGAUAUCCAGUAGUGUUUUAUCUGCUGAAGUGCACAGUACCAACUGGUCGGCAUCAGCUGAAAAGAUCCAGCAAUAUAUAAGGGUUCUGGGUUUCCUUCCUCUUGAUUGGCUGUCUAAUGAGAACCAUGUUCGCUGUUUGAUUGGCCUGUUUACUUGUGACGUGCUUCUGGGUUCUAAUGUUUUCCAGGAUUGCUCUCCUGACACGUUGAAGCCUCUCUCACUAAGCCGCCAUCUCCUUAGUGUUCUAUUCGAUGGCAGCGUCACAAGACGAAAGUUUGUAGCGCACCAUGUGCUCGACUUGGAUUCGCUACACUCUUGGCUUAUUGGUUCGGCUACCAGACUAUGGCGACAGAAAUGCACGAAUCCAGCUACUGUGACUGCUAUGAACCUCAUGGUAAGGCAAACCAGAGAUCUUUUCUUCUCUACAUUCAAGUACCUCCUCAGAGCUCCCUUCCAAACAGUCAACGCAGUUCAGAAGACUACAGAAACGUUAACAGAUGAAUUACAGGCUUUCUCAGCAGAAGUGCGGGAUGCGUCAGUAGACUCUUUGGAAAAAUCCCUCACCUCUUAUCAUGUAGUUUCAGUCGUUGUAGAGGGAAUUUUGGCGCUGUGUAAAGAAGUUGUUAACAGCAAGAUAACCUCAAACAAGAUGAUCAGGAUUUCGUCCGACGUGGUGAUAAAACUUGGCCCAGUUCUACUUGAGCUACUGAGAGGAAUUGUUCAAAAGUUACGGCGGAAGCCGAGAAAUAAGCACUCAGAUGCUCAGAAAAGCACUUUAUCUGAUUUUUUCUUUCAAUGGCCUGACUAUAUUGACUCGUUCACUUCCUUGCUUCAUAUUUACUCCGUUUCCGAACAGUCCAGAAAAUUGAUUCGUGUAAAUGAAGCUUUCAAGCAGUGUGAAUGGCAAGAAGUAUUUGACGUCAUGUUGGCGGCAGUCGUGCAUAAUGUUUUCGAGACGGACCAGAUGGAGUCAGCACUUCCAGCGAAUGGGCACAAGGAUCGAAUCGUGCGUGCCUGUCUGCGUUUCCUCAGAGUGGUGUGUAUAUCCUGUGUAGCGUUACAUUUACCGGUAGAUUUUCGCGUUCGACUUCUGGCUUCGACGCUCUACUUUUUGAGGAAGCUGGAACAAAAUAAGAAAAAUUGUACUGAAGAUCGUAAAAAAGAUGACCGCCUUCGUGAUAUGAAGAGCGGCCUCCAUCAGAGUGAAAAGAUAGAACAGUCUACAAGAGAGCAAGGCAGAUUUUCUGAUAGUGAAAGCAUUACAGAGGAGGGGUAUCUUCUGGCUGUGUCACUGCUCGAAGGAUGUGAUCCUGGUCUUCUUCCGGGACUACUCGAAGGAUUAGGAGACGAAAUUACUAUAAAGAACAUUGGUAAUGCUUGUUUUGAACGACUUACUGUUGUUCUCCGCGUUUGGCUUCGUCUGUUGAGUGGACGAUUUACCAAAGACAGAAGAAAAGAACUUCGCCCAAUACUACCCAAGAUUUUACUUGCAGUACAGUCUGUAUUACAAGAAGUAAAACGUGAAAAUCUAAUGGUUGUCAAUCUGGCUACUGAGGUCAUGGAAAAAAUUCUCUCCCUUGGAAAGGGAAUGGUUCUUCCCCAUAACGCAGUCCUUGUCCUGCACAGUGGUUUAAUCAAGCUUGUAGCUAAUGACAAGAGUUUCCCACGACUGUUCGAGUCCCAGUACUCUUUAUUAAGUACUUUGCUCUUUCAACACCCUGAAGCAGUCUAUGGAGCUGUGCACGUGUUUAUCACGUGUGUUCGGAAUCUUUUACUGAGUUUGAUACAAGGAUGUGAUGUUCAAAAUGACGCUGCUGUGGAAAGAAAUGUGGAUAAAACGUCAGCGGAACGACUGAAACCGACUGAACUAGUGCAAAGCGCACAGAAGAUGGCAAGAUUAUAUCAAGAAAUAUCUACGCAUAAAAUCGCCUUUUCCAAGUAUUCUCCGUAUAUGAUCGCUGACUACAUUCAUGGCGUUCAAACUGUUGCUGUUCCAUCGGUUAUCAGGGAUGCUCUCACUUCUGGUGUUUACUGCUUGUUCGAAUUGUGUGGUGAGCAUGAACUGUCGCUGUUACACGCUGUCCUAGAGAAAGGAUCGCGGGAGCUUUUUCAUUCCUUGCACGCAGACUACACCAAGUAUCACAAGUUCAAAGGCAAAGUUUGAUCUGGACGAGGAGUAAGAUAAAGCGCAGAAGCAUAUAUAAAGUACUGAUAAAGAAAAGGAUGAUAGCAACCACAGUAGUACAUUUUUUUUCAAGUAAAGCUUACGAAAGCGAGGAGGCACUUUAAUGCUAUUUUGCCCUCAAGUUAGCAUAAUCUGGC